AUGAAUGUCUGUCGUGUUAUAAAAUUAUGUUUGGUUGUAUAUGUACAAUAUUUCGUAAAUAUUAUAUCUGUCUCGUCCACAGAGAACUUGAGUAGAAAACCAACAACGAAUGUAUCCCAGAAUUCCAUGUAUUUGCAGAGAAAAGCAACAUACGCAAAUGACGGUAACCUGAAUACAACACUUGAUUAUUGCGCCCAUACUGCUGUCAACCAGUCUAAGGCUUGGUUCCAAGUUGAUCUAGGAAAACCUCACAAAAUAAACAACAUUAAGAUAUACUAUAGAAGAGAAGGAGAUGGAGAUAAAGAUUGGAAACAAUAUAGAUUUAGAAACUUUUAUUUGGAUGUCUCUGACUCCCCUGCUAGUGAGACUAUCACGACGCAAAGGACUCGAUGCUAUACAGACAUUAGCAUAGGAUCAGCCUUACCUAAUAAUAUUAUCGAUAUUCCCUGUGAACAUAGAGCCAGAUACAUCAUCGUGGAAUCUACAUAUAAAGCUCCAGAAGAUACAAAAUCCACGGGGCCCAUUCUGGAAAUCUGUGAGAUAGAAGUUUAUGGUGGUAAAUGA